AUGUUCCUUGGGGAGCAGGGCCUGCAUGGGGAGAAGGGGAGACAUGGGCCAAAGGGAGAGCAGGGGGAUAUUGGCCCAACAGGUCAAAGAGGAACCCCAGGUCUACCAGGGCUGCCUGGCCUGUUUGGAGUAAAGGGUUUAAAAGGAUAUCCAGGACUUACUGGUCUAAAAGGAAAGAGAGGACCUCCUGGCCCACCGGGUCUUCCAGGUCCACCGGGUUUAUCUCUGAACCUUACACUGACUCAGAUAAAAGACCUUGUGUACCUCUCCGACAAACCCAACUACCCACUUAUUAGGACCCUGCUGGGCUCCCUUCAGCAAGACCUGCGAUUCUUCAUAGAUCCUCCAGAUGGCACUAAGGAGCAUCCGGCCACCACCUGCUUGGAGCUGAUGCUCAGUCAUCCUAAUUUAACAAGUGGAAUGUAUUAUAUCGACCCAAAUCAGGGCAGUUCUGCUGAUGCUUUGCUAGCUUAUUGUAACUUCAGUGCAGGUGGACAAACAUGUUUGUCACCCCUGCAGCCACAGAUACCCAUGAGAUCCUGGCUCAAAGACUCCAUGUCGGAUUCAUUUACAUGGUUGAGCACUAUAGAUGGUGGCUUUCAGUUUGAUUACACUGAAACUGGUGUGGUACAAAUGAGAUUCCUACGACUAAACAGCAAGAUUGCGAAGCAGAACAUCACAUUUUCAUGCCAGCCAAACAGCCACCAGGGCUUCAAUGAAAGAGAGAUUAAGUUCCUUGCAGACUCAAGAAGACAGAGCUUUUUGGGAACAUUACUGGAUUGUGAACAUACAGAGGCGCUGGAUACAGGCCCUCGGGAGUCUGUGUUCCAGUUUGAGACUGAAGACCUGGAGCUUUUACCAAUCAGAGAUGUGGCUUUAUUUGGCCACAGCGACACAACAGAAGAGUUUCAGUUUACUGUAGGACACGUAUGCUUCAGCUAAGACAUAAAUCCUCUCUCAUUUGAGGACUGUUCUGCAGAGCUCUUACAGAGUAGCUCUCUGCUGAGAAAAUCAGGACUUUUUUUACUCUACUGUUCACCAUCUGCUGUGGGAAUGGAGGUUCCUAAUGAAGUUUUCACCUUCAGUUUACAGUGUACCUUCAGUACAAUGAACUGGUUUGUUGUCUAUUGGCAACAGUAAUCUGGUGCACAGCUUCUCAUGAGGAGUUGUAAUAUAUUGUUGUAUAUUGUUUACAAUGCUUGUUUUAUGUUAAAUAACUGAUUAUUUAUAUGAUGUCUUGAUGUUACUCUUGUCACAUUUUAGGAAGCAAUUAACUUCCACAAACCAUGAUUUCCUCAAAGCCCCUUUAAUUCAGGUUUUGUUGCACCUUAUGGCAAAGAGCACUGUGAUACACUGCAUGGCCAAAAGCUUGUGGACACUUUAACAUCACACCUGUAUGUGCUUGAUGAACAUUUCAAAACUAUUGGCAUUAACGGGUUGUUUGUCCACUCUGUAACAGCUUCAAACAUGGAUGCAGUAAUUUGCUGUCACUAUUGGUCAUGUGGUGUAGGUGGCACCCAAAUCUGAUACUUUUGAAAACAAUGUGCCUCAAACCAAAACAGGCACUGCUUAUGAAAGUUAUGAAUUACUUCCUACAAAGCUUAGUGCUGUCAGACAGUGGCUGUGAGCCCAUUGUUUAUGGUGGAAUUUGCUAUAUCUUAUUUAAUAAUGGUCAUCAUAAUUUGUUAAUUAAGUGUCAGUUGUUCUUGUGUGCAAAUUGCAAAAACAGUCCCAUUAGAAAUGACAAUUUAGCUCAUUGUAAAGUAACUCAUUGCAAUCUGUUUUAAUAACAAACUGAUUUUAUUCAAAUGAGUGUUUUUUAAAUUAUUGAGUAUGCCAAAAAAAAAAAAAAAAAGUAUAAGUCCUGGAGGAUUUGUUUUUUCAGAUUCCUAUAUGAAUUUAAGAUGCCUUCAGAAUGAAUUAUCAUAACCGCAUUUUUGAGCUUAUACAGAAUGGAAGUGCAUAUUAAUUUCUGCAGGACUGGUCUUCAAAUGAUUUGUACAUUCACUUACUGAAUUAGACUGUUAAUGUUAAAAAAAUGUUAAAAAUACAACUUUACUAAAGUAAAACCCAGAUAAAAACAAAAGCACAUAUAAAUAUUUAAAUGGCUAAAUAUAAAUAUGAGUUAAUAGCCUACUACAAUACCCAUCA